UGUGACGUCACAGCCAGAGCCGGGGGGAAGGUGGACGGACAGAAUGGCGACUCAGUGCCGGAUCUCCAAGUGCACGGCGGAAAAAAAAGGAUUCCGGCGGGAACUCGACUCAUGGCGGCACAAACUCAUCCACUGCGUCGGGUUUGAAAGUAUACUGGAGGGAAUAUAUGGACCAAGACUGCUGCAAGAUCUCAAUAUAUUUGAUGAGUGUGAACCAGAGGCUGUAGAUGAUUGGUCCAUGGAUGCAAACUGCUCCUUUUGCAACCUGCAGCUGGAAAAACUGAAUGACCAUCCUCCCACUGUGAUCGUGCCUGGGUCGCCACCCCCUGCUGAAACCCCCCCACCUCAGGGCCAGUCCUCCUCUGAAAAAUUCCAGUGCCAAGCAGACCGAUUCCUCCACGCUAUAUUUCACAAAAAGGAGUUCCCUCAGAGCUGCGAUUCAAGUAUACCAAUGGUGGCGCAGGACUUGAUGCGCAAGAUGAUUCGGCGGUUUGCCUUGGAUUAUGCAUGUAAAAGUCAGUCUCAUGAGGGACUGAUUGGCCUGAGUGACAACUCUAACCUUCUCCCUCAAGAAACAGAUCCUGAUGGGCCCCUGGACCUCACUAUCAGCCGGGCUUCCCAGGCCCUGCAGCAAGUAGAUGGAGUACUUGACCUCUCUAAGAAAAACACAUCUUCAGAAACAGCAUCUACACAGCAAAAAAUUUCAGGUUCCUUAGGGCCAAAUGAGGAGGACCAGUCCAGACUGGGGAAGGAGGACGGUUCUAAAGCUCCAGAGGUCUGGAGAGUCACUGUGUUGGAGAAAGUCAUGUCUUCGCUUUGUUCCCGCCAUAGAUUGCUGCUCUAUCACAUUCUAAUGGACAUGAAGGAAGACUACAACAUAUCUGAAUCUCUGCGGGAUGCUCAGAGACGACAGUUUAAGGCUGAACCCCUCUACUGCCAUGCUGACAAAAAAAUGCAUAAUGAAAUCCAAACAGUUACAUUAAGUGACUGCUCUGAAACUGCUGCCGUUUGUUGUAGAACAGCUUGUAGGGUUUCAACAUGUGUGUUUGCUCCUAUAUGUGUGUGUCUGAAGAACAUUCAUGGCCACUCCUGCCAGAACAUAGCCAUGGCAUGUGUUGGCAAAGUUAGCUGUUCUAACUCUACUGUUUGUUGUACAAAAAUAUCCCUGUGCCAGCAUCAGAAUGAUCACGCCUAUAUUGCUUAUCCAAGAGGUGUCCCAGUCAACUCCAAAAACGUUUUUAACUCUCAUAUUGGCGGUAAAGGAAGUCGUAGCCCCUCUCCACCACCACUCUCACCAAAGCCUGUGGACACUGAGUGCAAAAUGGCUGCAAAGACAAGCAUCUCCCACAUUCAGGACUGCAAGGGCCUGAAUAUGGCACCACCUCCACUCCUACCUCACAGAACAGAGUUUGAAGACACAGCUUUGCACUCUAACAUUCUUCGUUUGGGAUCUACUGAUGAACAUUGCAAGAAGGUUGUGACAUCUCAUUCACAAGCAGAGAAUGAGAAAGAGAAUGACCACCAGUGUGGAUCUUUAAUAGGAGACCUAAUGGAUCGAGUCACUGAAAAGCUCAAGAGUAUCCAACCAUCAGAGAGGGAACAGACUCUUUUUACCCAUGCCAAUCAAAUCUCCAAGACAAGUGAUGACACCCAUUUGACAGAGAUUAUAACAACUGUACUACACAAUAGUAGUGACACCGAUUACAACCUUAAUGAGCUUUUACAACAGCAUGUAGCCACAGAACAGAAAUCACCUCAGACACGUUUCCGUAGGAGAUUGGAAACUUUAGAGGCCAUGAGCAAGUCACCAGACCUUCCAUCAUCACGAAGACAAAGCUUACAAAUCAAAAGAGAUUUGGCCAGACUUAGUCCAUCAUAUUGCAGGAGGAAGAUAGGGUUUGAGAGAGAUAAGUGUCCAAAAAAUGUUAAACCUCCCCCCACACAUGCUCUUGUUGAUCAAUUUGAAUGCAGUAGGCUGGAGAGAGUAUCCAAGACGGUGGACACAAAGCCCCUAAAAGAUUCCUGUGACAAUCUGACAACUCACACACACAGUGAUGAGACACAGCAUAUUCAGGAGAACCAAGAAACCCAACCCCAACAUAUUGGUCUUAAAGAACUACUGCCUCGUGAUAAAAGGGCACAGUCACAAACUACUGGUUGUCACUGGAAGGCGAAAGCAAAUACCCAUGAAAAGAAAAGGCUAACUGUUCAAAUUGGAAGGUCCAGACGAAAUAUUGUUCCACCCCAGCGUUUCUCUUCUUACGUCACUGAACCACGAAAGAUGUAUUUUGCGGCCUGUUUUUCAGAAAGUAUAUUUAUCAAGCGUUCCCCUACGGACAGCACCUCAACAGCACUGUCAGAAGAAAGUGUCCGUGAUGAACAACCAUUCAUAAAUGAAGAUGAAAAACAAGACUGUGAUGUUCCACAGAACAUGGCUUUACUGAAAGAUGACAUUUCAUCCAAAGAAGAGCCACUUUGUGAGAAUGGCAAUGAUGGAAGGAAUCACCAUAAACUGAGUUCAAGAAAAAGGAAAACAGGCCAAAAUUCCUCAUUACCAUCAAAAAGAUCUAAACCUAAUAGAACAAACAGUCUAGACACUGACUCACACUGUCCUGCUGUAUCUGUGUCUAACUCUACAACCACUGAGAGUGUAAAACAUGCUAAAAAGAGCCCGUCUGGAUUGAAGUACAACAGUCCAAUAAAGCUUAUGUUUGUUUCCACUGUGAGAGGUGAAGAUGGUGUAAAAUAUACACUCAAAGCAGCCGCCUCUGGCUCAAAUUCACAUGGAGAGAUGUUUGAUCCAUGUGUAGAAUCGUCCUGGGCAGGCAGUGCAGUAGAUGAACGUGUGCAGGAUUCAGUCAUUGAUCCUGCUCCAGGGAAAACCAUUGAGCGUGGUGGGAACAAAUGCACCUCACCAAAAGAAGUGGCUUCACUUGAUGUAUUAUCGCCCAGUUGUUCAAACAGUGAAGGUGUGAACCAAGAAACAGUACCAACUGCACAUCAAACAACACCAGUAAAAAGGCGUCCUGGGCGCCCCAAAAAAUUAGGGCCACAAAUUGAGAAGUCUGUGAAACGUCCCAUUGGCAGACCUCCAAAACCAAAAAUGGUAGAUUCAGGUGCUUCAAGAGGUAAAACUGUGUCCAGUGUGGUGAAUCAUAAAACAUCAGAAAUGUCUUGUAAGGAUGAUGGAAACAAAAAUCUAAAGAUUACCAUAGUGUAUGGAAGAUCAAGAAGGGCAAGGAGGGUAGUUUCUGAGGAUUUGGGUCAUUUCCCAGCACACCAACAUGUUUAUGAAGUAUUUAAUAGUGGCAUGUACAGUAAGACAUGUUCUGGAAUAACAAGCAGUGAUGAUGAAAUGACCAAAGAUCAGCUAAAGGAUCUCAAUUUGUUUAUGCCUGUCAAAGAUAGGAAAUGCAAAGUCCAUUCCAGCAGCAACAUCAAAUGUCAAAGUGACACGGCAGCAUCAAGAAAACCAGGAAGACCUCCCAAGGUCAAGAUUUCUGGGAUUUCUGUCACAGUCACCACAGAAUCACCAAGGCAAAGAUACAUACACAUGAAAAGGGACACACAAGAUUCACAUCUGCACCGAAGGACACUUCUAGUUGAACUUGAACCUUCCAAAGAGCAGAAGACGAUCAGUAUUCCUACUGACAUUCACAAGGAUGAAGUGGAUGCACUGAAAGAACAUUGUCAGAAUCCUAGAAGGACACUUAUACCAGUGAGACAUUCCAUUAGAGAGCGGAAACCCUCCAUUCAUUUGCUCCACUCUGUUGCUACUGCCAGGUCCUGUGCGCUGGUCCGUAGGUCACAAACACUACUACUGAAUAAGGCUAGAUCGGAGGCCAGCCAUCCUACACGGAGCAGACAUGAGGAGCCACCAAACAAUGCACUUUCCACAAAGACCAAGAAUGUCAGCUGCAUGCAAGAUAUAGCCCGUUUUUCUGCUGUGUCAGUGGACACAAUUUUCUCAUCUACUGAAGGUUUUAGGUGGUGGCCUACCUCAGCAUCACCUGAGAUCUUAAAUGAAGAAUUAGCCAGGAGGAUCAGGCUGAUGUCCAAUACUUGGGUAUCGGAUGUCCUAGAGGCCAGCAAGUCAGUGGAGAUGAAAACCAGUCUUGAACCAAAAACCUGCGAGAGGCUUAGUAGUUCUGAGAGGAAGUCUGCCUCUGCCAUCAAAAUGCUCUUUGAGAAAAGCUAUAAUAUGGAGAAGCUCUGUAACUGGUUUAUGCAGACCACAGAAACUCAGUCCCUUGCGAUUGUAAAGAAGACGAGUGCAAGAAAUCCCAAGGAGGUCUUUCACUACAACUCCAGCAGACCUAAUUGCAAAGUGAAUAUUUGCCCAAGUCCACAGGCAGAGCGGCUCAGGAAACAUGUAAAAAAAUUUGCUAAAGUUGUCCCAAAGAGUCCAUCAAUGCACAAGCAAGCUCAAGAAAUGCUGUCCAUGGCAAGGAGGUCACAAGUCAAGAGAAAGCUCUUCAACAUAUCACCAUUUAAACUGAGGCAUAAUGUAGGGCAGCAGAUGUCUAGGUCUAAAGGCACAUGGGUUGCCUACAAAACAGCUUUGCUCAGAGUAAGGCUAAAGUUUAAAACCAGGCACAGGAAAGCAUUAAGAGCUGAGAAGGCACACAAAGUCUUUUGUGGCCAGAUGAGAACAAAGACUUCAGGUGCUCAGACUAUUGAAUUGUUAAACGAAAUGCCUAAUUUGGUAGAUAAAACACCCACACCAGCCAUGAAAGCGCAAAAUGCAUUAAAGCUUUUAGUUAAAAGCCCAGGUAUAGUCGAAGCUUCCCAAAAGAUUACAGAAGAAAAAAGUAUCAGCUCCAAAGCUUGGAGUCCUGAGUCCCUGAAAGAGUGCAGGGUGUUUCUAAAAAAGAUCAACUCCCCAAACACACAAUCAACGACGGAGGAAUGUAACAUUUGCACAGUAAAGCUCUAUGAUGUCUCUCCAGAGCAAGAGGAGACUGAGGGCAUUAUGAUGGGGCGGACACUAAAAUUUCCAGUACAGUUGCCCUUAUCCCCAAAAAGCCAGAGCAACAGAGGCAAAUGGAAAAGCUGCAGCACAAGAACAUCUCCCCCAAAAAUGCUCAGACAAUCAAGGAGCAGCAGGGGUGUUCUGGGAGCGAGGUGGUGUGACUUUGUGUUCGGAUCUUUGAAAUAAUUUGGGACCAGACUCCAAGACAUUCUCUUGAACUCAAAUACAAGGUGCCUUUUAACAGUGGCCUGUCUGAGUAUCACAAGCAUUACGACACGGGACCUCAGCAAGCAUCAUGUAGUAAAAAGAUUUGACACUUGUCAUUAUUUAGACACUCGUUGCACUAUUUAAAUCUACUUUGAUCUUUUGUUUGUGAAAUGAUUUUUUUCCCUUUUAAAAGCUCCCUCAUGUUAUUCUUGGUGCAGAUCAAGUGAAGGAAAGAUUGUUGCAAGGAGUAUCAAAGGUUACAUGAGGACUAUUCUGUUUGUCUAACCUGUGAUAUUGGAGUCUCAUAGCAGAGCUCAACCUGAGACAUAUAAGCCAAACAUAUGUUCAUUUCAAACAUUCAUCUACAUUUUACAGUAUCUUGUAAAAUAGCUCUUUAAAUGGGUUCUUUGCAAGUACUUUUUUUUUUUUUAAGGUAACAUGGCAAUCUUUUUGUUGGAAAAGUCCCUUGAUGAAAAAACUGCUUAAGCUAGUGUAAAUGGGUUUGCUGGUCUCUUGGCUGGUUUUGGACACUUUUCAGAUGUUCAGGUUUGGAGACCAGCUUGAAACAGGAAACCACCAUGUUUUCUUUUUUUUUCUUCAGUAGGGUGUAAUAGUUCUCUUAUGUGCUAUUAUUAAGUCAGUAAAAACAACUCAGUUCUGUUUACUGUCCAGUCAGACUGUACUCACAAAGCAUGAAGAAUAUAUUUUUAUUUGUGUGUGUGCGCAUCUCUGUAUCCAGUUAGUGUCCUCUUAACUUCCAUGGAAACCUUGCUUUUCUUAAACUUCUGUGAAUUUUGACUGUUUGCCAAAUUGUUAAUUCAAGCAUUAAUUUACAACCUGAUUUUUGUUUUUGCACUACCAAGCUCCAACUGUUACCCAUUUUAUUUUUACUGACAACUAUUAUGUAUAACGUCACUGUGGUGCAAUGUUUUAGUCUCUGAAAGCCAGACUUUUUUAAUUAAAAGCUUUUAGGGUGAUCUAGAGACAUAUGUUCCACUUAUAAUUUCUUGAAUAGAAGAUAUUUUGUGCAAACCUUAAUGUGUGAUCUAUUGCAGUAUGACACCUACCUCCUGAUAUCUACUGGUAAGGCACGGUGGUCUCAGCCUAAACUGGUAUUGAUUACCCUAGUGGUGUAACUGUGUGGUUAGCCAGGUCAAUCAACUCGGCCUCUACCAAGAGCAUUUAAACUAGUUAUACUGCCUGUGCAUGUUUAGUUUGCUCCAAUUUAUUUAUUUCAAUACUGCAUUGCUAGCCUUUGUUUCCAACUGCUGUUGGUGUUAUUAGUCUAUGACCCUGUCCUUUCCCCCUUGUAACAAGACUGGUUUACGUCUGUGCAAUAAAAAGCUUAGUUGAUGCUACACUUUUAAACAA